AUGCCAGCCUAUAGUGAGGAGCACCGGGUGCAACACCUCCUCAUGAAGUUACGGCCAGAUGUGAGAACGAAGGUCCUUACUUAUCCCGAGAUUCCGCGUACCCGGGUUGCACUCAUCGCGCUCACAGCGCGGUUUGAGCAGGCGGACACAUCUCGUGUUUGGGAAGGUAGCGCAAGGGAAGGCCGUCAGCAGAGCCAGCCUGAUAGGCCUCGGAAGAGGCCCUCUAGCAGCUCAAAUGAGAACUGGGGUGCCACAAGGUCCUUCCAGAAGCACCCCCGCCUACCCGACGCUGAGGAACAGCGGCAGAAGGAAAACAAUCUUUGCUUUACCUGCGGAAAGGAAGGCCACCGGGCAGCGCAGUGCUUCACCCAACAGACUGAGAAUAGCUCGCGACCCAAAUGUUGA